AUGGCUACAAUCAGACCUGCACGGUAUCUGAACACAUCAGGCGUGCUGCGGCCCUCUGCAGGGUUACAGCGAUCCUCACAUCAGACAUUCCGUCCUCUCGGCUCCGUGAGGUGCAAGUCCGGACCGUAUGGCUACACACAAGCAAAGGCCCUCGUCUUCUCCAAGUACGGAGAGCCGACAGAUGUGCUAAACCUCCACACGCACUCCAUCUCGCCCUCCCUCCCCGCCAAAGCCGUCCUGGUGCGCACCCUCGCCGCGCCCGUCAACCCCGCCGACGUGAACACCAUCCAAGGCACUUACGGCGCGAAGCCGACCUUCUCCAGCCUCGUCGGCACCGCCCAGCCGUCCGCCAUCCCCGGCAACGAGGGCUGCCUCGAGGUCGUCUCCGUUGGCUCGGGCGUCACCUCCCUGCAGAAGGGCGACUGGGUCGUGCCCGCCGCCUCCGGGUUCGGCACGUGGCGCACCCACGCACUGGUCGAGAACGCAGACAGCGCGCUGCUCCGCGUCGACAAGGACGGGCUGGAUCCCCUGCAGGUGGCGACCGUGAGCGUGAAUCCGUGCAGUGCGUACCGCAUGCUCAAGGACUAUGUCGACCUCAUUGAUCUGAACGUCAAGUCGUAUGCGAGCGGCAGUGCGGGCGGCGGCGCGUGGUUCAUCCAGAAUGGCGGUAACAGCGGUGUCGGGCGGGCGGCGAUCCAGCUUGGUGCGCUGUGGGGCCUUAGAUCCAUCAAUGUGAUCCGGGAGCGUGAUUCUCCCGAGGCCACGGAGGCGAUGAAGAAGGAGCUUCUGGACUUGGGCGCCACAGUGGUAGUGACUGAGAAGGAGUUCCUGGAUAGGUCAUUCACCAGUCGAUUGAAAGAGGAAUGGACAAGAGGUGGUAAGGACCCCGUUAUGCUUGGUCUUAACUGCGUGGGUGGCAAGUCGGCAUCAAGCAUCGCGAAGUCUCUAAGUCAGGGUGGAACCAUGGUGACAUACGGAGCCAUGGCCAAACAACCCGUCGCAUUGCCGACAGGGCUUCUGAUCUUCAAGGAUAUCCGCUUUAGAGGCUUCUGGCUUAGUCGAUGGGCCGCUCAAGACAAAGAGGGCAAGAAGCGCACAAUAGAGGACAUUCUCAAUUUGACCAGAGACGGCAAGUUCAAGGAUGCGCCCCUGGAGCAGGUGAAAUGGGACUGGGAUACCGAGGAAAAGAUACUCAGGGAAGCCGUACAGGGCACCCUUCAAGGGUUCCGGCCAGGCAAGGGCAUUUUUGUGUUUGGUGAGACCUGA